AAGUCCGCCAUCCGGUGGCUGCACUGUGGGAACUGUAUAAAUCAGCGCCGCUAUCCCACUAAACGAUGGGAAAAAGUUGCACUGGAGUUCAAGCGCGGUGUCCUGUUGCGUGAUCUCCCGCAGCUCUCCUCGGGAAAACCGACCGUCUCCGACUCACUGACCAUCGGCGCUGAGCGCAGCAGCCGGACGCGCCGGGGCGUCCGAAGUCUGUACACUCGUUUGGGGAGAAGGAAUAAAAAAAAAAAAUCGUGUUUUAUAAUUGAAGGCCACUCGCUGCAUCGGAGACAUGAUGAACUGCGCUCUCGUCUGCCUGUUUUGUGGAUUGUAUGGUGUGUUGGCAAAAGAUAAAGAACAAAAAGGGAAAUACAGCGUCCCCAUCCUGGAUGUGAAAACUCGACAGCUGGUUCUAGACACCAACCAGACGCUGCUGCUCAGCUGCAGGGGUCGCUGGGAGCUGACAUGGGCGUUCCCCUCAGGUGUGACCAGAGAUCAGGUGCGGGUGGAGCACUCUCGCUGUGGGAGGACAAGUCAGCAGUACUGCAGCCGUGUGACGGUGAGCCACAGCCGGGCCCAGGACACCGGCCUGUUCCGCUGCAGAUAUCGGCACCGGCCGCGAAAACAGACCUCUGUUUAUGUAUAUGUCACAGACAGCCAGCAGCCAUUUGUGGAACAUCCGGAUAUGAGCCCAGAUGUGUUGUACCUGAAGGAGAAGCAGCCGCUGGUCAUCCCCUGCCGGGUCACCCACCCCAAUGUCACCACCACACUGGUCAAGCAGGUUGUUGCGCACCAGCUCCCCAGCCACAGCUUGAGUCCUGACCAGAGGAACAUCAUCUGGAGCAGUAAGCAGGGGUUCACCAUCCGGACGCCCACCUUCUAUUACAUCGGCCUCUUCUUCUGCCAGACCGUCAUUGAUGGCGUCACACACAAGUCACACAAAUACUUUGUGCACAGACCAGUGAGUAACAUCAUGGAUGUAUAUCUGAACAGCAGUGGGCCUGUGCAGGCCCUGAAGGGAAAGAGGCUGGUCUUGAACUGCACUGCCACUGGGGAGUUGAACAGCAGAGUUAACAUCAGCUGGGACUACCCCGGAAAGAGCAGCAACGUCGGCUCCACGUCCAAGAGGCUCCACAAACAGACAACGCACAUUCUCUUCUACAACAUCCUGACCAUUCCGAAACUGCAGCGAUCCGACCGAGGCCUCUACACAUGUCGAGUCACCAGUGGCGAGAAGACCAAACAGCAGAAAGUCACUGUUACCGUCUACGACCGUCCGUUUAUCCGCCUGAAGCCCAGACAUGGAUCUGUGAUGGAGGCUCAAGCUGGACAGAAGUCGUACCGAAUCUCUCCCAAACUAAAAGCAUUCCCAGCCCCUGAAGUCAUCUGGCUGAAGGACGGCAUGGUGGCAGCAGAGCAAUGCUCCCGAUACCACAUGGAUGGGCACUCCCUAGUGAUCCGGGAUGUGGCAGAGGAGGAUGCUGGGACGUACACUGUCCUGGUACGAAUCCAGGAACAUGGACUCUUCCAGAAUAUCACGCUCACGCUUGUUGUCAACGUGAGUCCUCAGAUAGGAGAGAAAGCGGUGUCAUUGCAGGACCCGGGCUCUGUGCCACGGGGGAGCAGACAAGCCCUGCACUGCACAUCCCAUGGAAUCCCUCCUCCACACAUCCAGUGGCUCUGGCAUCCCUGUCCACCCAAAGGCCUGUGCAUGUGUCCGACGUCCUCCUCGCUAUGGCGUCCCGUGACAGAGAAUCUCGCCGCCAUGUCCACACACAACCACAUCCUGAGUGUUGCUCACCGACAGGAAGUGCUUCAGGGGAAGAAAAGGACAGUGGGGGUCCUGACUGUGGCAGAGGCCUUUGUGUCUGGAGUGUAUCGCUGCGUUGCCUCCAACUUCGCAGGCACAGACCAGCUGGACGUCCACUUCUACAUCACAGACGUCCCAGGAGGCUUCAGUGUAAACCAGCGGGAGGUACCAAGAGAGGGCGGGGACCUCCGCCUCACCUGCGCGGCGAAUAAGUUCCUGUACACAGCAUUGUCAUGGCAACGAGUGAACGACACAGCGGACGUCCAAUCCCACAGCCCUGGCCGAGGACGUCAGCAGCUCACGUCAGGGGAGUUUUCCAACUCGCUGGUCCUGUUGCUAAGCAACCUGACAGGCGGAGACUCUGGCGCCUACAGGUGCUCCGCCCGCCACCUCCUCACGGGACAGGAAACACAUCUGGACACGCAGGUGGUGGUCACAAUUCUGGAGCCUCCGGCGCUGCGUAAUAAUUUGACAGACUGCACGGUGAACGUCAGCAGCUCGGUGACUCUCAGCUGUCCAUCUCAGGGCAUCCCACCCCCUACCAUCGCAUGGUACAAAGACGAACAUGCUCUGGCACAAGGAUCAGGCAUCGUCAUAUCACCAGAAGGUGGCACCCUCCAUAUCGACCGAAUCACAGUAGAGGACCAGGGGCUGUAUACGUGUCAGGCCACCAAUGAGAGGGGAUCUGCAGAGAGCUCGGCCUACAUAUGGGUCAAGACUGCCUCAGAAACCUCGUAUUUGGAAGUUCCCACCCUCACCUGUACCUGUGUGGUGGCCACUCUGCUCUGGCUUUUACUCACACUCUUCAUACGGAAACUGAAACAGCCCAACACCUCAAACACCAAGCCACAGUACCUGUCAAUCAUUCUGGACACAGGAGAGGGGCCCACACAGGAGCAGUGUGAGAGACUGCAGUACGACCCCAACCAGUGGGAGUUCCCUCGAGAGCGGCUGAAACUGGGGAAACCUCUGGGCCGUGGAGCCUUCGGUAAAGUGAUGCAGGCGUCUGCGUUCGGCAUAGACAGUGGCACCGGCUGCAGAACCGUGGCCGUGAAGAUGCUCAAAGAGGGAGCUACAGCUAGCGAGCACAAAGCUCUGAUGACUGAGUUGAAAAUCCUGAACUACAUUGGACACCACCUGAACGUGGUCAACCUGCUGGGAGCCUGCACCAAGCCGGGAGGACCACUGAUGGUCAUUGUCGAGUACUGUUGCUAUGGAAAUCUCUCGGCCUUCCUGAGGAGCAAGAGAGAGGUGUUUGUCCACAACCAAUUCGGAGGAAGGGAUGGAGGACCGAGUCUUGUCAGCAGGGAUUCUGACAGCCAGAGCAGCACUAGAACAGAGUUUGAUCACAGAGACAAGAAAGAGAAUUGCCUCGAUCCCAAAUCUGCAUCCAACUCUCCUUUAUUCCUGGAGGAUCUCAUUUCAUUCAGCUUCCAGGUGGCGCGAGGAAUGGAGUACCUGGCCUCCCGCAAGUGUAUCCACAGAGACCUGGCAGCCAGGAACAUUCUCCUGUCGGACAAUAAGGUGGUGAAAAUCUGUGACUUCGGCCUGGCCAGAGACAUCUACAAAGACCCCGACUAUGUCCGCAAGGGAGACGCCCGCCUCCCUCUGAAGUGGAUGUCUCCCGAGUCCAUCUUCGACAAAGUGUUCACCACCCAGAGUGACGUGUGGUCCUACGGCAUCCUGCUGUGGGAGAUCUUCUCUUUGGGAGCUUCACCGUACCCUGGUCUUCACAUAGAUGAGGAGUUCUGCCACAGACUGAAGGGGGGAACAAGGAUGCGAGCGCCAGAGUACAGCACACCUGAGAUCUACAGCAUGAUGCUGGCUUGUUGGGAGGCCAGUCCCUCAGACCGGCCCACCUUCACCAACCUGGUGGAGACACUGGGAGAUCUGCUACAAGCGAGGGUCCAGCAGUUUGUAUCCUUUCAACAGGAUGGGAAAGAUUACAUUCCUCUGGGAUCGUUCAUGAACGGGGACACAAAUUGGAGCGAGGCCUUUGCAGAAAAGCCACUAGCGGUCACAAACCUGAGUUACAUGAGCGGCAUGGCCACACUUCAGACUUUUGAGGAACUUCCCUGUGAUGAGCCAGAAAACCCUGAUGGGGAGCAGAGCGACAGCGGUAUGGUCCUGCCCUCCGAGGAGCUGAAGCAUAUGAUGUGGAACGACGGCAGUAAGGCCAGGAAAUUCAGCAGGUUCUUCUCCUUCAAGUGUCGUGGCAACCAUGUGCCACUCCUGUGCAAUGACGUCACAGGUCUCCGUGCCGACGAACCGUCCAUCCUGCCCUGUGAUUGGGAGUCUGAUGAGGGAGGCUCCCCUCCUCCGGACUACAACUCCGCCUUCCUGUACCCCUCCCUCUAGCACCUGCCCCUGUCGGAUUCUUUGGCUUUACACAGGGUAAACUUAUUUUCCUGCUCACUCUCAGAACUUAUUCUGCUUCUUCACACUUUUCAUCCGCUACCUCACUGUAAUACCUGUUGGUAAUCCUUUUGUCCUCCUCCUCCGCUUUUCCCCUGUCCUUUUUUUUGAAAAACAAAAUAUUAAUUUGCUAUUUGUUAGUUUCCAUAAUGACACGAUAAUAUACAACAGUGAUCAAAGAAGCCAAAUAUUACCCAACAUUACUUAUCGUACUGCAAUCACAAAGAAUGUAUUUACCAAUCAAUUUUUUUUUAAGUUUAAUAUAUUGGUACCUCAUACUCUGAGCUUUGUGCAGAGGAACACUGCUGUAUGAAAAAUGACUGUUCCUCUUACACAGACACUAUAUGCUGGACAAAUGUUAUCAACUACUGAAUCUGUAUUUAUUUUUAAUGCUGUAAUCGUGUCAUAGGUGAGUCACUUGUGAACAUUUCCGUUAGUUUAAUGUACACCUAAAAUUAAUGGUUAACACUGAUGGUGUUAAUGUUUACUUAAAAAAAUGCUUCUCAGUAUUGUGACAAAUUUAAAUGACCUCCAAAAUGACCUUCAGAUCAUUAUGAAUAUACUAUUUAGAGCUUUUGUAUCAAGUAUUGUAUUAGUUUUAGCUGGUUAAUUCUAAUAAACUGGCAGCGUAGCGUAUACUUAA